AAUUUCCAAGGCUUUCCCUUUCCUUCCGCACCCUCCGGCCACCGCCUUCAAACACCUCGCCGCCGCCGCCGCCGCCGCCGUAACCAUCCCGGCGCGGACUCUAGCUCCCGGUACGCGGCGGCAUGGAUAGCGACGACGAGGAGAUGUGCGACGCCUCGUCCUCCUCGGCCCCCGCCUCGCCCGGCGGCGGUGCGGGAGAGGAGGAGGGGGAAUUCGAGGAGGGAGCGGAGGAGGAGGAGGAGGUGGGCGAGGGGGUGAUGGUGAUGGAGGUGGCGUGGUUCCAGGUGGACUUGGACUACGAGUUCGACGCGCCCCGGUGGUUCGACCUCGCCCAGGAGGAGCCGCCGAUGGAGGCCGCAGCGGCGCAGGGGUGGUUCGCCUCCGCCCCCAGCUACCCGCCCUCUCCCUUAAUUGCUAAGAUGUUUGCUGAAGAUCUUGGAUUGCAAACCGUCAGAAGCAUUGCGGUUACGGAUGCUGUGCAGUGUUCUACAACAUCUUAUGGAUGUUCAAGUGGCGCUGGGCAAAAAACGCAUCGGGUUCAAGGACGGAAACCGUGCAAUGGCGCAUCAGAAAAUGAACGCCGACCUGGCUGUCGAACUACCAUGAAGAGCACUUCAUUGAAAGGCUCCACACUGAUGAAACCUACAGCCAGCCAAUUAGCCAGGCAAAACAGACAAGUGGAACCGAGGAAUGUGAUGCAGAGUAAAAAGUCAGUGGGAGUUACAAGUGAGAGAAGUACCAUAAGCUCAAACGAUUGCACUUACCAAUCUGCUAAAAGACAGAGAUUAGAGAAUGGGCAUCUUAACAAGGCUGCGGCUACUACUAACCAGCACGAGUUUAUUCAUAAAAAUCAUGAAAAGAAUGUUAUGAAUCGUAACAUGGAUCAUCCCACUGGUCUACCUAAAUUAAAGAUUACAAUCCCCAGAGAACCUGAGCUGGCCACAAAGCUAAGAGCAGAGAGGUCAAGGGUUCUAAGAUCAGUGCCAACUAAUCCGAAGCAGUUAAAUCCACGGGCUGCACCAUCUGCUUCUACAGCACAAGUGGCGUCAACUAGAAAGGUAGUUCAACCUCUCCGGGCUACUGGUCAUGGUCAUCAGCAUGCAAGCAGACAACGUGACCAUGUUGGGUCAAAUGUUCCAGCAUGUACAUCCAAUCAUGCUAGGCAUGUUAACAAUGUUGAUAAAAAACCAGAAGAUUGCAGAGGUGAUCUGUUUAAAUUUAAAGCUCGGCCUGUGGAUAGAAAGAUAUUAGCGAGCAAAGGUGAUGUUGGUGUAUUUCGAUGCGCAAAAAAGAAUACAACUGUGCCUAAGGAAUUCAACUUAUCAUCAAGCAGGAAGGGCAAUCCGUCUCCAUUGUCUGAACUAUUUAACAAGCUCUCUUUAACCGCGGGAGCACACCACCACCGUGGAAUAGAGCGUCAGGUCAAUGAUUUGCCGAAUUACAUCACUACUAAGGAUUGCAAAGAGAACAUGAUUGGUAACAUUCAGUGCUAGCUCUGACCCAAGUCAAUCAAGAAAUAUAAUAUACAGGAUUUUUCUUUUGAUAAUGACUGGUUCAGACUCAGCAUUUCUCCACCAGCACAAUGCGUUUUUCUAGGUGUUUUGGACAGUAGGACUCACAAGGGAGCUCUCACCUCCUUCAUCUAACAAGAUGAAGCCAUACAUUAUUUGACAUUAUGGUGCGCCACCACUGGGUGCAUGACCGUCAUGGGCGGCGGUCGGACAUCGUUUUGUCGUCUCAGCCUGUUAAAAGAGUUGUUGCUGCCUGGGGUAGCUUAACGUUGCCUCAGGGAGUCACGCUCUCAGCUGCCCAGAGCCAUGACUGGGAUGGCCUUUGUAGUUUUGUACAGCAAAAGAGAAACCAUAGCCCAUAGCGUGAGGGGCGGCUCACGUGGUGUGUGUCUGCAGUCGCCCUGCAUCCUGCAGCGACUCCAAAGUGUAACAUAUUGCGGUUUCCAUGUCAAAGCUCUUCUUCGCCAUGCCUUCCGUGAAUUGGUCUUCAAUCGCAUCGUAUCUCAGAAAUUUCCA